AGUGGGUCUCGUCAUUUCCUUGACGGCCCCGUCGGGCCAACCUGAGUCUCCGGAGCCCGAGUCUUGCGUCUCCCCGAUAGUUGCUACACAGGUUUACCCUGUGGUUCGUCUGGGCGCCGCUCUACGCAGAGGUGGUCCCGACCACGACCCUGUGGCUCCGAGAGUCCCGCGGGCAUGCCGGCUCGAGAAGCGCAGUGAGCAUCAUUGACUAUCACUAAUCUCGUGAUCGCUCCACCUCCCCGCGCUCCUACAGUUGCCAUGGAGCGGGCGAUGGUGGAACGGCACCUGCGGGAGUGGGCAGCGAACGUCCGCGAUCCUAACGAAAUGACCCUCUACCUCCAGCGUUUGCCGACCGGCCUCUCGAAGGCGAAGCUCCAGAGCAUCUUCGACUUGGAGGGGUUUGGCGACGCGUAUGACUACCUGCACAUGCCAAUGUGCUUCCACACUAAGAGAGGCAAGGGAUAUGCAUUCAUAUCCAGCGGAAAUUUCACCAACGAGGACAUGGCCCAGCUGUUCAGCCUCCGGAUGGACGGCCUCCCGAUGGGGGACGGCUGCUACCUGAGCAUCACGCCCUCGAAGACCCAGGGCCUGGGGGACAACCUGGUGAUCUGGGCGCGCUCCCAGUCGCGCCGCGUGCGGAAUCCCGACUUCCUGCCGUUUGUGCGGGCGCUCCAGGGCCUCGGCAUGGUCCACCCCUCGGAGCUGUGGCUCUACACCCUGGCGCAGGGCGAGGCCGGGCCCCGCGGGGCGGCCGCGCAGGCCGCGGGCGAGGCCCCCGAGGCGCUCGAGGACGCUCCCGGGUCGGCCUGCGGCCCGCGCAAGGAUGCUGCGAAGACCCCCUCUGGCUGACCCGGGUCAGCGAGCCGCUCGUGGCCGCGAGGCGGCCGCACAUACUCGAGCAGGCCGACAGAUGUUCCGCUUGAGGCCAGCGCCAUCGCCUCCGCCAUUCUGAGCUACGGCCUCGCGCACGCUAUCGUCCUGGACCGCUUCAGCGUGUGAUCGCCGAGCUGGCCAGGCCAGCAAGCCGGCCGCCCGUGGGCCUCCGUGUGGAUCUUCCCAGACGGGCUUGCAAACCUUUGCGUGCUUGCUCGUUCGCUGGCGUCGAGAUGCCUGCCCCCCCCCACACAC